GACUCUUCCUUUCCAUUUCUAUAUAUCUGAGCCAUCUUCGUCUUUCUCAUCAACAAAUCAAGAAUCAAGAAAAUACUCUUUCCAACCCUUCAACUUCAAAUCAAGUAUCCAGCUAGAAUGGCUUUAAGCUUAGGAAGGAGGAGCAACAUCUUUGAUCCGUUCUCACUAGAUAUUUGGGACCCAUUUGAGGGCUUACCUUUCUAUAGCGGAACAGUGGCCAAUGUUCCGUCCACUCAACACGAAACAGCCGCCAUUGCCAACGCACGAGUGGACUGGAGGGAGACUCCGGAGGCUCACAUAUUUGCUGUUGAUCUUCCUGGGUUGAAAAAAGAAGAGGUAAAAGUGGAGGUAGAAGAUGGCAGAGUUUUGCAGAUAAGUGGGGAGAGAAGCAAAGAACAAGAAGAGAAGAACGAUAAGUGGCAUCGCGUAGAAAGAAGCACUGGUAAGUUCUUGAGGAGGUUUAGGUUGCCGGAGAACACAAUGAUGGAUCAAGUCAAGGCCACUAUGGAGAACGGUGUGCUUAAAGUGGUUGUGCCUAAAGAACAAGAGAAGCAGCCUCAGAUUAAGCCUAUUGAGAUCACUGGCUAGAAGUGCAAAUAUGGUCUUUUACUACUAAUAGAUAAAGCUUUUAACGCUGCAGCUUCUGGAGUUAUGGGUAUGACUAAAAUACAGUACUAGGGGUGAGCGUUUUGCGAAAUUUGGAUGUAUGUUGCGUUUUGGUGCUUUUUGUUUGUAUUUUUUUGUUGGUUGCGUGCAAAGUCUAAGCUAUCGAUCGAAAGCCUAUGUAAAGGUAACAAGUACAUGUAAAUGAGUAACUAGUAGUAGUUUUCUGUGUUUGCAUCACUAUGAUGAAAAUUGGAAUGCUUAUUUGAUGUUUGAAUAGUUUUCAUAUA